CCUUGAGCUUACUAGUAAAACGCCUUGCUCAUUAUCAGCUCUGACAGGGUACAGCACGGCGGAGGAAGGUGUUCCCUACAACUCCCGCUUUUCGUUUAACUAUACGGAAGCAAGACAGAUCAACAAAAACGACGAGCGACAGCAUUUUUACCAGCAAUGUCAGGCAGGUAUAAACUGCGUGACUGAAGCCGCAGAAAUGAGCGAGAGAGCAGAGAUAAGAGGCCCCGCAACCCGCAAAAGGAGGACAACCAUCUCCGGAGCUGGUGGCGGCGGAGCGGUCAGCGUGAAGCAAGCCAACGGGAGCAAGUGUCACGAUGCUAAAGCAAAACCUCCACUGCAUCCCGCUAAAGCCAAGUCAGUGGCAGAGGCAUCUGAACAUACAAGUCACAAGGGGAAGGUGGACAGAGAGGUGGGGAUGUCAGGGAAGCAGCAGCUCUCAAACAGUCCGAAAAAACAGAGGAGUGCGGUGGAGGAUAUUAACGACAAACUCAGCUGCCAUGUCCUACAGGAGUCUCUCUUGAGCUCAGCCAGUGGAUACAGCAACUACAGAGGAAUCCUUAACUGGUGUGUUGUCAUGCUGGUUCUUAGUAAUGCACGUCUCUUUUUGGAGAACAUUAUAAAAUACGGCAUCCUGGUAGAUCCUAUCCAAGUUGUGUCUCUUUUCCUAAAGGACCCAUAUAGCUGGCCAGCAGCUUGCCUUAUCAUUGUGUCCAACGUGUUCAUCCUCGCUGCCUUGUAUACAGAGAGGCGUCUGGCUGUAGGUACAUUCUCUGAAACUAAAGGAUGGAUUCUUCAUAUUUUCAACCUGGCUUGCAUGUUGCUCAUUCCCUCUUUCACAGUACUCACCGUGACCUCCAUGACCCCAGUGGGUGGUGUGCUUUCUCUAGGGAUCUACUCUGUGUUGUUUCUCAAGCUGUACUCUUACCAAGAUUUCAACAGGUGGUGCAGAGAAAUCAGACAAGCCAAAGCCAAAAGACUAACACGAUCCUAUUCAUGUCCCAAUGUGGCACAGCCUAACGGGUCCGCAGUUCAUUCACAUGUCACCUACCCAGGCAACCUCACACACAGAGACAUGUACUACUUUGUUUUUGCCCCAACUCUCUGCUACCAGCUCAACUUCCCACGAUCUUCUCGAAUCCGGAAAAGGUUCCUAAUCCGAAGACUUUUUGAAAUGCUUUUUCUCAUGCAGUUAUUGGUGGGACUGAUACAGCAGUGGAUGGUUCCCACUAUUCAAAACUCAAUGAAACCAUUCCAGGAUAUGGACUUUUCUCGGAUGGUGGAGCGAUUGCUGAAGCUAGCUGUCCCUAACCAUCUAAUAUGGCUAAUAUUCUUUUAUUGGUUUUUCCACUCCUCUAUGAACUUUGUGGCAGAGCUGCUGCAGUUUGGAGACAGAGAGUUCUACAAGGACUGGUGGAACUCUGAGACUGUCACAUAUUUCUGGGCCAACUGGAAUAUCCCAGUACACAAAUGGUGUCUGAGACACUUCUAUAAGCCAAUGUUGAGAAAAGGAAUCAACAAGUUUCUGGCUCAGACUGCUGUCUUCUUAGUUUCUGCCUUCUUCCACGAGUACUUGGUCAGUGUUCCUUUGAAGAUGUUCAGACUGUGGGCUUUUAUGGGAAUGAUGGCUCAGGUUCCUCUGGCUUGGUUUGUGGGUCGUUACCUGAAUGGAAACUAUGGCAACGCAGCUGUGUGGAUGUCACUCAUCAUUGGACAGCCUGUUGCUGUUUUGAUGUAUGUCCACGACUACUACGUCCUUCAUUAUGGGAGCACUACAUAACACAGCACAAAGACGUUAUCCUACACACACACACAUACACACUAGCUUGUGAGACGAGCUUAUGAGAAAAAAUAUAAGGUGACAGCUAAACUAAAGCUGCUUCAAUUUUUACUUUUGCACUUUAGAUAACCAGACCACAGUAUGUUGGGAAGUUACCUUGGCUGUUUAAGCAACAUAAGAAGUGCUUGGUUUUGAGCUCUCGCCCACUUUCAUAGACUAUAAUAUGCUGUACCUUUGUCAUCUUAUAAUCUAAACUUUGGGACUCACCAUCACUGUCAGUGUAUCAACUUUAAAACAUUUCAUCCUGGGCCCAAAGUGAAGCGAAACUUGGAUUUCAAUCCCUCAUUUGUCAGAUGUAGAUUAUCUUCCACAAGUUUUGAUAAACAAAAGGAAAGGAGUUCCAUGACCUCCAGCAAAGGUUGUAUUUAUUAAACCUUUUUUUGCUUGAGCUUAACCAGAAUUUAAUUAUAAGAUUUCUUUAACAAAUUUAAAUGUGGGAACGGUGCUUACAACUAAAGACUCCUCCAGAGUUGUAGAUGUUUAAAAAUGCACACACAUCCGGUGCAACAAGUAACCACUGCCAAGUGAGUAUAAACUCAGAGUCCUGUCUCCAUGUAAUUUAUGUUUUUAUAUCAGUGGCCGAGAACUGUUUUGUGUUUUCUGUGUCCAAAGGUAAAUCAUGCAUAUUAAUGCCAAUUUGCCACAACAGAAUGAGGCUUAAAAUUACAAUUCAUCAUUCAACGUGUUGCCAGAUCCUCAAAUUUACCACAUUUACCUUUUUUAACAUGUAUUCUCUAUACAUAACUGAUAUCCCUCCUUCUUUGAUGUAAUACAGUAUUGAAUCCACUUCAUUUUAUAGUUUAAUGUGGUUGAAGGAAACGAGGAUCCCUUACCUGAAGCAGUGAAGGGUAAACAAUAUUGUGAAUAUAUUUGUGCCGCCAUGCCGCUGCCUGUUUCUCAACUAUAAACAAUCAAUGCAAGUUCGUAUUCUAAUGGUACAUACUACAUGUUUGUAAUUUGCCUUGGAUUUGUCUCUGCACCUCUUUUUGAGUUGUCAAAUUAUUUCUAAUGCUUUGUAUUUGUUUUUUGAUGUGACUGUAUACAGUUAAAUUAUGUCAAGCUGAAAUUCUUGUGCUAAAUCAAAUGUAUUAUUUAAUUUACACGUUGAAACCAAUGAAUGUUUUUGCACUUUAUAGAGAUGCAUGCUGUUGACUAAAAGCAAUAGGUUUCUAUGAAUGUUGAAAUUUUUGUUAUUGUGCAAUUUGAAAUGGUAAAAAGAGGAGAUUCAAACAACCUCUUCAUGUUGGAUGUUUCACAAAACUAAUAUUAAGUAUUUCUAUUUUGAUAAUUGUCAAAGCUUGACACUGUUCCUGUGCAAGUUGAUAUAAAAUGUUAUUUUACUUUAAAACUUGAUCUCCUUUUCAAAAACAAGUUUGAGCCUUGGGGGGGGGGGGGGGUGUCUGUAUUGAUCACAUUUCAGGGAAAACAUUGUUAAAGUAUCAGACAACAGUUCUGAAAACCGUGUUGGCAUUCCUAAUCCAAAAUAAGUGCCUGCUAUAAAAAAAAAAAAACUGCUUAUUUUUUAAAAUAUGCCAAAAACUUAGAAGAAAUACGAAAAAUAAGAAUUUAACCUGAUUCUGUGCAGCAAGUAGAUUAAUGUUGUAUUUUGGGAUUUGUAUAGAAACCUGACCUAAUUUCACACUUCUUCACAUUUAACCAAACUAUUUUGCUAAUAUCACUUUUUUUUAAAGCAGCUAAUUUGCUUCACUUAAAAGAAAUUUGUUUGAAAAUUAUCUAUAAAUCUCAGCAUGUAAGUACAACCCAUUUCUAUCUUAAAACAUACUGCAGUUCUGUGUCAGAUCUGUGGGUUAGAGUGGGAUGUUUGUUACAGAUGGCACAGAGUGAUCAUCUGGGAAAUCUUGGUUACUGAAUUGACAGGCUGUUUAUCUAAAUAUCAAGAGCUGUCAUUUUUUGGCCAGCUUUGGAUAAAAGCAAAUCUUGUAACAGGUGGAAUGACCACAUCUUUUCCCACACCAAAUAAACUGUUCACGGAUGCAAGUUGAAAAUCCAGCUUUUAUGUUGAGCCUUUUAAAAGCUAAUUUGUGAUUGAAUUACUUGAUACAACAUGUAAAAUGAAUGUAUUGGCUGUUUUGUUCAUACAGUGGGAAGAAAUCUGGAAGAUUAUGUUGUGAGAGCACAAAUAAUUUUCAUAAUCUUUAAUUUAAAAAUAUUUGUGAUGUUUGUUAAAGAUGGUUUAUAUCUGCUGAAAGGACUUGUCUGUUUUUUCUUUUUGUACUUCAUAAUUAAAGCUCUCAUACCUGAUACAAAUGCA